AUGGACACGGCAGUGCCGGUAAGUUCUUCUUCAAAAUACUACACUUUUACCCGGAUUUCAUUUCAUGUCUGCUUUGUGGACACCACCAAACGUAUUUAUUGAAAUCUAUAUCUUUAAUAUUUUCACCCCUUGACACGAGAUCAAGGCUUAAUACACCACAAACUUAAACCUUGUUAGGGGCAUGUAUCGAGUCAAGAUAAACUUUAACUUCAUUCAGUUCCUUCCACUUUUCUUUCUUGGAUGGAUUCGGGAAUCAAAGUGUGAUUUUUACUCCUCUUUAUUUAAGGAACCUUCUCUAUAUACGGUGAAAGCCAUUGCUAUUCUAGACAAUGAUGGAGAAAGAGUUGUAGCAAAGGUGAGGUUGCGUACGUCUUUGAAUCACAAUUUUUUUGUUUUGACUUUCUCUUAGUCAUAGACGUGUGUUAUUGUAAUUCUUGGGUAACGUUCCCUUCCUCAUUGUGUCAAAGAUUAUUUCAGAAGAUGAGCUCUAUGCUUGUGGAACAGUGAAAGUUUGAGAUUUCCACUCAGCCCCGACGUUUAUUAUGCAUGUAGCAAUUUCAUAUUAUUAAUUUUCACACAAACAUUUGAUAUGAAUAGAGUCGAAAAAUGUAUGCAUAAUAAAUGUAUGGGGUUGUAUGGAAACGUCACCUCCUCUUUUGUGAAAAGGAAACAAGCAUUUUCAAAUCCCAUGUGACCUCGUAAUGUUUUGUCAAGUAUUUUACCUGGCAAAAAGAUAGAGGAUUUUCAUUUCAAGGCAGUUUUCAGUGGGAUCCUCAAUACUACACAUGGCUGCAGUAUCAUAGUGUUUAGCAUACCAAUAUGGUUUAUGUGUUGUAAUUCAAAAAUGCCUCACCCAUAUAGUCAUGGAAUGAAGUAGAGAGGUCUUAAUGCCCUUUGUCUGUCCCACAGGGCUGGUAAGGGUUUUGCAGGGUUCUUAAAAGUAGCCGGCUGCUGGCGAAAAUCGUCGCCUACUUGGUUAGUAUCAGCCGGCUAUUCUGCUUGGAAUUUCUUUAUGGAUGGCGUUUUUUAAAUAAAAUAUCCCUGGACUGGCCACUUACUUUGACAACUCAGCCAUCUACUUCAAAACUUUCUAACAACCCUGGUUUUGGACCCUUAUGUGGUUGCAAGCCAAGAAUACCCAAGCAUACAAGGCGGCCAUGUUGGUGGUGUGUCGGUGGUCAAUACAAUAGAAUUUUUCUGAAGAAUUUACAUGGAUAUAGGGUUUGGUCCCCAGAGGAGAGAAAUACUUUUGUUCUUGACCACCAACACACCAACUUAACAUGGCUGCCAUGAUGUCAUGUGCAAACCGGAAAUAGAGGUGGCGACGAAGGUUUGAAAGCCCCAAUCCUAUGUUUUAAGGAUCCCGCUUAGGGAAAAAAACAAAAAUUAGAUGGUAUUUUGAUUCUUGUUUUGAACAAAAAAAUUAUGAGCAAUGACCUGUCAAAGACCAUCAAAUGGAUUACCAAUCAAAAGCACCUCUUAGAAGUUGACAUAGACAGGAUUCCCAUAGCGGGAGAUGAGACUCCUGUCUUCGUUUUUGAGAGAUAAAAGUAGCAAAUCAUUCCCUGGAAAUAACAAGUUGAGAUUGGUCAUUUGCUUUCGAACAGCACUGUGCCUCCAAAUCCAGGGUAUAAACUUAAUAUAGUGUAUGAACUUUUUUGAUUUUACAACAUUGAUCAUAGAUCAUGCAGUUAUUUGCUGCUUAGAAUACUGUAUGACAUUAAAGAACAUAAGUUAAAUAUUUGUAAUCUUGUCUUAGUAUUAUGAUGACACCUAUCCAACAACAAAGGAACAAAAGGAGUUUGAAAAGAAUCUCUUUAACAAAACACACAGAGCUAAUGGUGAGUUUUCUAUUUUCCUGUAAGUUCUUGGUUUGUCAGGCAAAUCAUUGAUGCUUUUGUCAGUUAUAUUACGGUACUGAAUAACAAAAGUACAAGAUUUAUUAAGAUAAAUAUGAUAUUUGUUUACUUUAUCAACCUUCUAAGCCCCAAGAGUGACCAACAUCAAUUUUCUCCUAACAAGAUCAAUACAUAAUCAAAAGAAAAAGUUGUGAGAAUUCAUGAAAUGUGCACCGUAGGGCAAAUGCUAUGAUCUUUUAACAAAUUCUCUCAACUAAUGUUUAGGGAAAUAUAUGGAGAUCAGUCGGGAGAAUUUGUUUGUUGAUAUUGGGGCUUAAAAGUGUUAAGGCUGUGUUAACAUCUGGUGCCUCAACGUACAGGGCUGUCACUAAGGUUUCAAAUUGCUAGGUAUAUGGGCAGGGGAAUCGAACAGCUAGGAGGUUUUUUUUGGUUCUAAUUACCUAUAGUCUCCUACGAAAGUAGCCGGGGGUCAUGCUUAUAGUCACUAGGAAAAAACUCUGGUCUUCUACCCCUUGGUGACAGUCCUUUGAGUAUAAUAAUUAGUUAGUUGAUGGACAAGAGGGCAAUAAAAUAAUAUAAUAAUAUAGUGAUACUGUGUUCAGACACUGGAUACCCAAUAUAUAAUGUUAUGUACUUAUUUCUUUUAAUUUAUGGCUUCAUAUGUCGUUUUGAAAAUUAGUGUGAGUGUUAAAGAGCUGGUAAGUAAAAUGGUGGACUGUAAAUAGAAUGCCCAUAUGAGUCACAUCAAAAAUUUACCCUUUUACUGAUAUGAAUAUUUAAGGAAAGGUGUGUUCAUGUAAGUUCCCAGCCACCUAAGUUUCAAUGUACAUGUGUACCUACUUGUAUGUGCCCCCAGAAGUCUUCAUUUCUGACUGAUAAAACUAGAAUCUAUAUUUUCAUUUUAACAGCGGAAAUCAUUAUGUUAGAUGGCUUGACUUGUGUUUAUAGAAGUAACGUGGAUCUGUAUUUUUAUGUGAUGGGCUCAUCCAAUGAAAAUGAGGUACAAGUAUAAAUUAUAAUUAGCCUUUUACUUUACACUCUAAGGACAAGCAGGGCUGUCAUUAGUAGCCGGUAGCCAGCUUUUGUGGCAGGGUACUGCAGUAAAACAACUGGCUACUUCGAGUUUCUUAAUAAGUCAAACAUUACAAACUUAGGAGAAUUUGUGGGAUAAAUGACCGUUUACUCUUCCGAAGAGACCAGCUACUUAAAGCCUUAAUGACCGCCCUGAUAAGGGAAGAUCAUGUAGAUUCCUGUAGAUUCUGACUGGCGAGUUUGGGUCAUAUGUGAGUUGGAGCUCACAAAAACUGCACCUUGUUUUUGUUUGGUUAUGUUUUUACCAGGCUGAUUUACUAGCUAAACAUUCUUGCUUAUAGACCGAGGUUGACUAGUUAACUUUAAACAGUUUUAGCUUUGAAAUUUAACUGGAAUCUAUAAGCCAGUAACUUGUAGGAUUCAAAUUACAAAAGUGUGCCACAUUCAAAAAUGGUAGUAGAAGAAGGGAGAUUAAGUGCUUUAAUUGAUUCCCACUAUUUAAAUGAGGGAGAAGGAGUUUCCUCAGAGAAUGCAGGUAAUUGCGCUAAAGCAAGAAAUGUUGUAAUCGAGUUCAUUGCUCUAAGAAGUGUGCUUUUAUCCAAGGCCACAAUUCUGGAAAGGAAAGAAGUGGUAAUAUUAAUGCAUGUAUUUUUGUUUAUAGUUGAUCCUAGGAAGCGUUUUAAAUGCCUUUUAUGAUGCAGUCAGUCUAAUGCUGAGAAAGAAUGUAGAGAAGAGAGCCUUGAUGGACAGCAUGGAUGGAGUUUUGUCAAUAGUAGAUGAGAUUGUGGACGGCGGGUAAGUUCAGCUGUAAUUUUAUUCUUGUUUACUUACAGUGGCUGUAAAUAACUUGAUGGGUUUACCUCGGUCAAGCUCAAGUUUUCCCACUGUGGUGUAAAACUUAAUGAACUGGCAUCAGCCAUAGCUCUGUAAUCUGUAAUUUUAUGGCAAUAUUUUUCAGGGUUAUCUUGGAAGCCGAUGCCUCUACUAUCUUACAAAGAGUGGCCAUCAAGGUAAAAUUUCUUGUCUAAAACGAAUGCUGAAGUGCAAACUCUAGAUUCAAAUGCUGAAGUUUGCAGUGCUAUAUUUUCAUUGUUAUUUGGCUGCAGAUGGCAAAAGUGUUGGGACGUUUUCAGUUAUAUUAAAAAAACCAGCAACUACCCCCUACACCCCCAAAAAUGUUGAAUUUUGAGCAAAAUAGGAGGAAAUGAGUCCUUCUUUUGGGCACAACAUUGCUCGGGGGAGUGAGAAGUUGAAGGGAUGAACCUUGCCUGCGUGCAGACGUCUCCUAUUUCCUUUGUUGCACGCGGAAAAGGGAUGUCUGCGUAACGCCGUCGCUAAUCGUGUUCCAGCGUCCCGUUGGCAGGGAAUUCUAUUUCGCAUAAAUUGUGAAAUAAUAUCCGGUUAGUAAUAAGAGUUGACAGGCCAAACACAAUAUCAUAAGCUCGUGAUAAUGCGAAACGUGACCUUGAGAGUCUGCUUGCACAGAGGUUUUUCUUCUUUUCUCUCUCGCACUACACAGUGCAUGUAGCAGUCUAAAUUUUGACUGAGUAAAUCUCGUUUUUGCCGCACUUUGUCUUACAUUUAGAGGUCACGAGGCAGGCUUGUUACAUGCACACUGAGUAAUCAUUUCCUGUGCUUUAUGCCUUUGUGGGUGUUCCUGAUUUGAUUUCAGAUGUAGUUCUAAAGUGUUUAAAUUUUCUUUGACCUCUGUUUGUUACGGCUAAAUAAAGAUUUUAGUUUUUUGGCUGGCUUUCUCCGAAAUGCCUGCCUGGUGCGAAGUCCACGCCGCUUUUGUACGGUCUGCACAGAAUGGCACAUGUUUUGAUUUGUUUUGACUGGAAAACCCCGAUUACAUAAAUCACUGCAUACAUUAUCAGACCAGAUUCAAUAACAACCAAUCAGCGUUAAGUCGAACAAUGCGCACUGUGUGUCAGCUUAUCACAACAUGUUCCCAAGAUCUUGGGAACCCAGCGGGACGCUGGAACACGAUUAACGACGGCGUUACGCAGACGUCCCUUUUCCGCGUGCAACAAAGGAAAUAGGAGACGUCUGCACGCAGGCAAGGAUGAACCCAGAGCUGAUGAAAAAAAUUGUCAUUAGGAGCCUAUGAAACAGUCAUUUGAAAAGGUUUUUUACAGUGUCUGGAGUUCUUUUGACCUCUAUUUUCAUUACUGGGCAGCUAACAAUUUCAACUCACUUGAUAAAACUAGUUAAGUUUGUUGUUUAUGUUCCCAUAAGCACACUGAGUAGCACAAUGUCUUUAUAUGUGACCCCCCUCAGAUCAUUUUUUAAAAGGGGUGCAAGUAAAAAAAGCCCCAUUUGACUGUACAAUAUCAAAGCUAUUGGAGUCAAGCAAUUAACUGAAAUAAAUAAUUAAAAUUAAGCACAAGAAGGUUGAGAAGUGUAGCCAUGAACUUUAACUUCAACUUGGAAAUACAUAGAGGCAAAUCCAGCUACACCUGUAGUGUCCAGGGCGGGACCCACUCUCUUAUAGCCUGAUUACGUGUCAAACAUUUUAUUCACUUGGCUUUUCUGUCUCCUUUAGUUUCAUAGCUGUGAUAUGUUUUUAUGACCGUAAAUCUGACACAUUUAUUUUUCUUUUUCAGAAUGAUGAUGUUCCACUGUCAGAGCAGACAGUCGCACAGGUAAAGAGCUAUGUCACAAUAAAUUGAAAAUUAGGAUAUCACUGUGCAAAAUAAGUUGCCCCUAGUUUUUUCAUUACCUGUGUGAUGAAAUCCUAAAGUGUGACUAUUCAAAUGAAAGCUAUUGAGCAGUAUUUUCCUGUGGUACUGUUUAUUAUGCUGUACAAGGUGGUUCUAACUUUUGAGUCUGUGGAUGAAAUCCUAAAAUGUGACCAUUCAAAUGAAAGCUAUUGAGCAGUACUUCCCUUUAGUACUGUUUAUUAUGCUGCACAAGGUGAUUCCAAGGUGUAACCAUUCAAAUGAAAGCUACUGAGCAGUACUUUCCUGUGGUACUGUUUAUUAUGCUGUACAAGGUGGUUCUAACUUUUGAGUCUGUGGAUGAAAUCCUAAAAUGUGACCAUUCAAAUGAAAGCUAUUGAGCAGUACUUCCCUUUAGUACUGUUUAUUAUGCUGCACAAGGUGAUUCCAAGGUGUAACCAUUCAAAUAAGCUACUGACCACUGCUUUAGAUGUUCUCUGUUAAGAACAAUCUUUGAUUUUAUACAACCUUGAACUAGAAAAUAUUGGAGAAUUAAUCCUCAUUUUUUCUUUUAUUUAUUCAUUUUGUAGGUUUUACAGACAGCCAAGGACCAGCUGAAGUGGUCUCUCUUGAAAUAAUAGGAAAAUGUUUCAAGUAAAAGUAGAAAAUUA